AUGUUCGCUCGCCAAAUACCAUCAAUGAUGCUGCGUAAUUCGCUACGUGCGAAACUACCAGUCUUCCGACCACUUUCAACAUUCAAACCAUCACCCUUUACCUGGUCGCCUAGGAUGUCACUCUUAUCCGCUUCGAACGGCUCGAGCACGACCUCUCGAAAACAAUUCAGGCAUACCUAUGGAUCAUGCAAGGAGACAAGGGUCAGGAAACAGACACAGCAACAAAUGCUGGAAGACAUAUACAGACUCCGCAGACUGGGCGGUUUCCACAAGCGACCAAGCGCGACGACGGUCCAAGCUAUCGAAGACAUGUGCCGAGUGAUUGACCAAACGAUUGAGGAGAUGAACCGAACGAAUGACCGAAUAAUUCAGAAGAUUGAGCAAUUGAUCGAUGAGACGAAUCGACUUAUCGCCAAACUAUCCGCGCAUUCGACCGAGUACGAUCCCAUAACCAGAGUGAUCAGAAGUUUCCUGCUACACAUUGCACUUCUGCCAUGGUUUAUGCACAUGUCAAUGUCUAUAAUACUCGUGCCGCUGGCGAUAUAUCUCUUCGGGCCCGAGAACAAAUAUGGACCAUUGGAAAUUGUCCCGGCAGAGACAUUACGGACUGUUCCGAUUGAGACAUCACAGACUACUUGUGACAGUGGGAGAGUGACAGAAGUAGGAGAAGAGGUUUUCCUCUUCGAAGAUGAUGCUACCUCUAAUUGA